AUGCUAGGCUACGAGUCCAGCAUAGUCAUCACAAGAACAGUCAACGACUGCAUCUCUCUCCCAAUCCAUAUGAGCCCUGCGUCAUUCCCUGAAAAGGAAUUCCUACCAGCAUUGCCAAAUCACCGCAUCACACAGUCUUGGAAAGAGAACAAAAUUGGAGACUCAAUCAUUGAGCUGUUGGAAAAGCGCAAUUUUCAGUUUGAUUCUGUUGACUGUCUUCGUAGGCCGCGACUAUUGGCAUAUCUACAGUAUACUCUACACAACAAUCCUGUUUUUGAGGAUGAUAGUCAUACAGUUGUAAUUACAUUGCGAGCGAUGCCACACAAUCACGCCGAUCUGACCGAGCUCAUGGAGGAGAUUCAUUGGGAACUGGCUGAUGGCCUCACUAUCGAAGUACGCAUUGGCAAAAUCGAGGUUUUCUACCCUUCUCUUGUCACGUCGGGGAAAGUAUUGGACUACAACAUGAUCCUCGAUCAAAUGCAUAUUGUGCGACCCUAUAUUAAAGGAGAAGAUGACAUGGAGAUGCUGCGACCAAAGGGAGACUGUUCUGAACACUAUCUUCGCAAUGCACAAGACUUCAUCGAACCGUCUCAAAUUUCCUGUGCAAUACCCAGCAUUGUCUCAAAUAUGACAAAAGUCCACCACAAUCAGAAAAAGCUCAUUCGCCUGGCAGGAGACAUCCUCGCAUCCAAAAACAGCAGAGACAAAGAAACCUUCCCGCGACAAGAGCUACAACACCUGAAAUACCAUCGAAACAAAAUACAAGCGGACACCAAUAAAUCCUUGGCCCGAGAUGCGAUUUUUGGCACUGUCUACGCAUCUUCAGGAUACAGCUUCUCUCGACACAAGCACCGACUCGAUUGGGCAUUGGUCGAGGUUGACCCAACUCUAGUCCCCAAGAUCCGCAGAAACAAAGUCAAAGAUCUAAGCAAGUCUCAUUGUGAAUCGCGUCAGAUCCUGCAUGCAGCGAAACCCCGCAAGAUGGCUGUGGUCUACAAACAAGGCUCUGCGAGUGGUACUACCAUAGGGAUCGUCAACCCGAUUCAGAGUCACGUCGUCUCUUACAACGCCGAUGGCAAGCGAUACGUUACGAGAGAAUGGGGCAUUAUCCCGGCUGUCGACCCCAAAUUCUUUGCCAAAGUUGGAGAUUCGGGAUCGUUGGUGUUGGAACGGGAUACAGCGAAUUGCAUGGGUAUGAUUUUCGGGGGGCAUGUCGAUGGAGGACCGGUGUAUUUCACUUCUAUUACUGCAAUUGCUACGCAUAUUGAGAAGGUGACAGGGCUGAGGGUUCAGCUCCCGGGUGGGAGUAUUAUUGGUCAUUGA